AUGGAUAUACCAAAUAUCAUCAUCUUCUUUCGCUAUUUAUGAUGCUUCUUACUAUUACUGGUCUUUAAAUCCCCUAUAUCUACUUCUUUAGAAGUUAUUAUCGCCCACACAGACGGACAAAGCGUCAAUUAUUUAUACUGAAAUGAGACUUUGCUUCUGGAGAUAGCUAACUCAUUAACUUCCUCAGUUGACUGGCACAAAUGCCUUAUUUCAGACAUACAAAAUUGCCUCGAAGAAUUCCCGGAUUCGCUGAUUCUGCUUGAUCUAUCAAUUGAUAUUGACACUCAAUACUCAAUUUCACAGAUAUGCAUUAAUUAUUCAAUAGUCCAUCUCGUUUAUCAAAGCAAAUUUAAAUUUACAGAUGACUGGACCUAUUCAAUGGUGCCUUCAUAUAAUGAACAAGUUGAAGCUUUAUUAGGAGUCAGCAGCUAUUUGUAUUGGACCCAAGGGAUUAUUUUUACGAGUAAGGAGAAUUAUUGGAUGACUGACAACUUUUUAGAUUUUUCAAGUGGAUUUAAUUUCUUGACUAUAGAAUCUGAGUCAAAUAUUGAUGAGCUUGUAAGGAAAGUUGUUUUUAGAUUGGGAUCAACCCUUUAUUAUGUACUUUCUGGAUUGCCAGAGUCAUUGAAAUUGCAAAAUUCAUUAUAUAAUGCACAAUUAUUAGAAGCUGGAAAUGGAAUUAUUUUUAAUCAAGAAAGUGGGUAUGGCUGCAUUACUGAAGGAGCUUUAAUUAUUACUGAUUUCGGGUAUGAGUUUGUAAAUUCUCCUGAAGAGUAUUUUAAAAGCUCAGCUAUAAACCUUAUAUUAAAUUUAUUAAGUCAAAUUUCAAAUGAAAUUUCCCAAGAUCUUGCCCGAAUGCUGAAAAAUAAGCUCAAAAAUCACUUUGGUGAGAGCGAAUUUUCUUUACUCCCCCCCCCCCUCCGUGAGCGAACAAAAACCAUUAGAAAAAUCGCCAUUUUUUGACCAAAAACCCACCCUCCGUGAGCGAACAAAAAUUUUUUUAAUAGAAAAAAUUUUAAUGGAAAAAAAUUUUGAUAUAUAAGUGAUAAUUAGUAUAAUGAAAUCUAGAGCUAAUUCUGUUUAAUUUUAAACAAAUUGCGUUUUAAAACAUAAAUUUUGCAAAUUAAAUUAAUAUUUGCUUCCCAAUUUUUGCAAAUUAGGAUUUUUUUAAAUUUCGAAAAAAAUAUUUUUUUAUAAAAAUUUAUAUAUAAAUUUUUUUUAAAAAAAAAAAUUAACCCCCCUCCGUGAGUGAACAAAAUUUUUUUGUUCGCUCACGGAGGGGGGGGGGGAGUUAGUUAAUAUUCAGAAUGGAGAAAGAGUUAUUGUUGGAACAAUAGUAAAUGGAACUGCAACGAUAUUCGGCAAUAUAACGUUUCCAGGUAAAGCAUCUAUAAUUCCAAAAUCGACCAAAAAAAUUUUGCACUUAAGUAUCAAUGCCGGCACUACAAAUCCAGGGGCUUCUCCAAGUUUAACUCAAAAGCUUGGCUCAAUGGGCUCUUAUGUAGCAAUAGACAAAAUUAAUGAAAGCCAUGAUAUUUUGUCUAAUUUUCAGCUUGAUAUAUUUAAUUAUGACUGCGGAGUGACUAUUUUUAAUUCUUCAUUCGCAACAGCUUGCUUUACAAACAACAUUGAAAAACUUGGUCUCACCCAUCUUUCCUCAUAUGGAUCUGUUGUUGCUAAAGGCACAAUACAAGUUUUCAAUCAACUAAAUCUUAGCCUUCCAGUCAUUGGAAGUGCAAAUGGUGACCCUUCUUUAAGCUCUUCUACAAAUUUUCCUAUGUAUGUAAGAAUUGUCUCUUCAUUAGUUUACAGUCAAUCAAUAGUAUGCUUAAAGGCUAUGGGUUGAACAAAAGCUGCAAUUUUAUAUGAAAAUAGCUCAUGAGGAAUCACACAAAUAAAAUGGCGAUGACACCGACCCCAUCCUCUCCCGAACCUGUAGUGUGAUUGGGGAUCUUGCUGCGGCCUGAAGCCAAUCCACUCAGGGAAAGGUCUGGUAUGGGUACUGGCAUUUGUGUCCGGCUAGGUUUCCCUCCCGGUCCAGCAAUGACGAUUUUCGGAUCGUCCCGACGGGACAUGGGACAAAAAAGAGUUUUCCUCUAGGGACUGCUGGUGCCCAGAUCGGACGGCACAGCAGAUGCCGAUAAGGGUAGGGAGUUCAUCCCUAGCUCUAACCCUAGUCGACGACGUGAAGCAUGGUGACCCAGUCCGCCUACUUCCGGAAUGUCAUGACCAAGCCCCAUGACCGGAAGGAGCCGAGUGGUAGCCUGUGGCACUUAGGUGUACACUAGGAGCAGGGCAAGGAAAGCAAGAGAGGUGACCAAAAGGAGGAAGAAAAGGACCUACGGUCCUGGCCGGGAGCUACUCAAUAACAUAUAAUUAAGAUUAAGAUUAAGAGCUCAUGAGGAAUUCCGGUAUAUAACUCAAUCAUAAAAUCUGCAGAAAAUGUAAAAAUUGAAAUAGUAAACCAAGAAAGUUUAAGAGUUAUAGCUGCAGGUUUAAAUAGAACUGCAUUAAGAAAUUAUAAAGAUCAAAUUGAAGCUGUGGUUAAUACACAAGCAAGACUAAUAAUUAUGCUUGUUCAAUGCCCUCUAUGUAAUUAUGUUACAGAAUAUUUCUAUGAUUUAGGGCUAAGGAAAGGAGACAUCUUAAUUUUUGGAGGCACUCCUGACAUUCUAACAUAUUUAUCAACAAAUGACACAACUUUAUACAAAAGACAAGAAAUUGCAAGCUCAGCUUUUGGCUUUAACUUUCAGUAUUGAAUAGGACAAAUCGGCGAAGAAGCCAAAUCUAGAAUUUUAUCAAAAUUUAGCACUCCUCCUAAUUCUUUUAGCUGUGACUACUAUGACGCUAUUUAUUUAGCUGGAAACGCUUUAGAUUAUAUGAUAAAUAGAGGGCAAGAUUAUAAAAAUUCUACUAAAUUAAUGGCAGUGAUAAGAGAAACACAAUUCACUGGCUGUACAGGUAAAGUAAGUAUAAAUAAAGGAAGUAACGAUAGAAUAUUUGACGUGAUAAUAAUUGAGGCGCUUAAAAUAGAUAAAGAGAGAAAUUCAACGAUUUAUGUAGUUGGAAAAUUUAGACCAUUUAGCACAAAUUUAUGAAGUGUGAUAAAUUCUAUGGUGUAUGCUGAUGGAUCAACGGUCAAGCCAUCUGACUUAAGAAACGAAAAUGGAACAUGUCCUUUUCCAACUAAAAAAGUUAAAACUUUUGAGAAAGGAAGAAUUGUUUUAUUUUCUGUUUGCUUUACAGUGGCUUUAAUUACUGCAGUAAUUACUUUUGUCAUAUGAAAAAAAUGAUGGCAUAUAAGUGUAGAUGAACUCAGAGAAAAACAAGAAAUGUCACCACAGGAUUUUAUAGUAGGAUUGACAAUUGUAGUUGAAUUUUUUCAAUUAGCAUCAAUGGGCCCUGAUUUUUCAGUGAUAAGUCCUUUUUUAUAUGAAGCCAGCAAUACUUUUUCUUUGGAUUUAGGAAAUAUAAUUGAGAUGAAAAAUGGAAUAUUUUGGAUUAUUGUUGAUGGAGUUUAUGCAGGGAUCUUUGUAUGAAAUAUUUUGUGUAUAGUUGUACUUUUUAGACUUGAUGAAAAAUGAAGAAACUAUGAAAUAUUCAGAUUUUUAGCUUGGUUGGCAGACUAUUUAAUGCCAAUUUUAGGAAAUCUUUGUUUUAUUCCAUUUAUUUCAAUUUGCCUCGACAUUUUUUUAUGUGAUCAAUCAAUUGGUGAUAGGUUCACAGAUAGUUUUUUAGCCAAAGAUUGCUAUUAUUUUUGCUGAAAAGACUCUCAUUUAAUAUAUGCAAUUUUGUCAUGUUUUGCAUUAUUAUCAUAUGAACCUCUUGCUGUUUUUUGUCGCCCUCUUUGGCAAGAGCUGCAGCCAAUGCUUCAUGUUAAAGCAUUUCCAUUAUUUUUGAUGGUAAAAACAGUUGCACAAACAACAUUUAUUGUUUUAAAUAAAACAAUCAAAAGAUCGUCCGAUAUAGGUCACGGAAUUAUAUUUAUUUUCGCUAUGGUCGUCUAUAUUGUUUUUGUUUUUAAAUUCAAAUCUUAUAAUUAUGCAAGAUUCAGCUUAUGGGAAGGAUUAAGCUUGAUAGGAGUUACAUGAUUAGCGUUUUUAUCUGUAGUUGAAAUAGAAAUUUCUAACUAUUUUUAUUCCACUAUAGCAAUUAUUUCUUUAUUUAUGGGAUGACUUUUUAUUAUCGCCUUUGGAUUAUGGGUUCAAUAUAAAAAGUAUCCUAGUAUGCUAUUUAGACCUAGAAACAGAAACACAAGUAAUUUAUUUAAGUUUGCUUUUACAUUUGGGAAAGAAUCAAAGACUUCAUUAGUGAAGUUUAACGGAAGGAAACCAAAAGUUGUCCCUGAAGAUCUUACCGUUGAUUAG